AACUCGGUGCGUCUUCCUCCUCGCCCUCACGCUCUUCCGGAAUUUGGUUUGCUCAAGUUUCGAAGGUCAGUGGGGCGGGCAGGAGCUGGGAUCGACUUCCGUUCAGCGAGAACAAGUUCAUGUUUCUGUGUCAAUUAUCUCGUCGGGGACUUGGGCUUUCGGGCAAAGAUUCGAAGCCUGUUCACUCGACUGGAUUGUUUGUGGAUGGAACGGAACAGCCUCAACAAUUGACGCAGCAGCUCCUUUGACCUGGCAACUGCAGCAUCUGUUACAUGUUUUGGCACUAUCUUCGACGCAGAUAGAUCUAGCUGGCUCGUCAGGGCGACCUCUGUGAAGUAUCUGCUGCUGCUGAUUUAUCUUCGGUGGAUAACUCAUGUGACACAAUAUUUGACAACAGGUUUCUGAGGAUGAAUUGAUCAUGCAAAUCGCAGUUUGUAAGCUUGUCCAAGCUGUCUGAUCAGAGCCUCAGCUCGAAUUCCAAGUUUUCGCAUCGGCUGGAUCCAGAUCGAUCUCGAAUCAAAUACGUUUCUCGAGGAUGAGGAGGAAGAUUAGAAAAAGCGAUGUUGUGCAGGUGGCGUCUCUUAUCGUCCUAUUGAGCCUGUUGGUGUUCAUGCAAUUCAGCGCCAAUGGGUUUAUCUUCUCCAUGGAUUCGGAUAUUGAAGAUGAUGUCGCAUCGGAGUUUGACCCUUCUUUCACUCGGAUACCUGAUUUCAGUCAAGAUUCCAAUGUUCAGAACGGCAACUUGGACUAUUUUGAUAUCGAAAGUGAAAUGGCUAAAGACUACUCGUCAGACUUCGACCCGUCAUUUGAUGAUCUAGAUACGACGUUUGCGAUGGAAUGGCAAACUGAGGAGGAUACAGAUACAUAGUAUCUGUAACCAAGCUCAAUUUUUCUGAUUGGACUAGUCGGAACCUUCAAACUGCGAAGAAAGAGAUGUUCAUCCUUUAAGACCGAGGGAGACUUGUGGAGACAGUGCGUUUCGAGCAAUGACUCUCACGCACUCUUUGCUAAGAUAAUUCACCUUUUAGAGCUUCUGCAGCGUUACGGUGCCUGUUCUGCAGGCUCUACACUUUAAGUAGUGUUCAGCGCUGCUGUAAGCAGCUUGAAAAUGUUGUUGAAUACUAGAACAUGUAGGUCCUAUUACACCGGCAGCACUAAGUUGGCUCGAUUGCAAAUGUCGAUCGAAGCAGCAGGGCUUGACAGGGGUUUCGUAGCUCUGCACAUGACGGAGAUCAUGGUAUCUACGCUAGUGGAAAGUACCGUGGGGAAGCUGUGCAGUGCACAAGACACUGCAGGAAGUACGUUCAUAUCCGGUCGGAUAUGAUCGAUGCUUAGAGCUGUAAAGGUCACAUGCACAGCCACUCAAACCAACCACCGUGAUUCCUGCGCCAUGUUUCUACAAUGAUAAUAAAACGGAUUCAUAUCUUGU